UUUAUCACCGCUUUACAAAGCUCGAGCAUGUGUCCCGAAAUAAUUUUUAUAUUAAGUGGGAAAAGGAAAUCGGGAAAGGACUAUGUCGCUAGCUUGAUGGUUCAGAAAUUAACUGCUAUGAGAUGUGGGAUUAUGCGUUUGUCAAGUCCUAUAAAGUUUCAAUAUGCUAAAGAAAACAAACUACUGUAUGAAAAAUUGAAUGAUUCUUCAGAAUAUAAAGAGAAGUACCGAACUGAGAUGAUAAAAUUUGGAGAGGAAAAGAGAAAUAUUGACCCAGGUUAUUUCUGCAAGUUAGCUACAUCUGAAGAAUACGGAAUUGAGUGUAAGAAACCUAUCUGGAUUAUUAGUGAUGCUCGUAGACAAACUGAUUUAGACUACUUCUUGCAGAAAUAUACAGAUCGAGUGCAAACUGUUCGAAUUACUGCCACUGAAGACAUAAGAAAAGAAAGAGGAUAUAUAUUUACAAAAGGUGUCGAUGAUGCUGCCUCGGAAUGUAGUCUGGAUGUUGUGGAACAUUGGGACUUUAUAAUUGAUAACUGUGGAGACAGUAACCAACUUAAUUCUCAAAUUGAUAAAAUGAUUGCUACAGCUUAUGAGAAACUCAAAUAAACCAAUUUUGUUUCUUGGAUUUAUAUCUCUGAGAGAUUCUUUUUUAGAACAGCAACCAGGAAACAGAUAAAAGCUAUAAAUAACAGCAUGUAAAUAUUAGGUUUAAAAAAAAUUUUAUAUACAGGGUGAUACAUAUACAGGUCUCCAUACAUAGGAAAAAUUUAUUUUUUUAUAAGUAAGUGUAUACGAUCCCCUAGAUUCCCUGAUCUGACCCCUCUUGAUUUCUAUCUUUGGGGGCAUUUGAAAGGCAUGGUGUAUCAUGGAAAAAUAAAAGACAUAAAUCAUUUGAAGGAACACAUCACUAACUCAUUUGCUCACGUAUCACCAGAUGUACUAUUAUGAGUUCACAAUGAGUGGAGUAAACGUAUUGCAAUGUGUAUUCAAAACAAUGGUAACCAUACAGAAUAGAGCCUGUUAAAUAAAAAAAAAAACUGUUCUUAUAAACUGUUUCUUAUAAAAAAAUAAAUUGUUCCUAUGUAUGGCGACUUUUGAAUCACCCUGUAUAUAUACAUAUCAUGUGUUUAUGACUUCUUUAGAGGCUAAAUCUAAAACUUUAUUACUAUUUUUUUACAACUACAAUAAAUAAUGAUAACAACAACAACAACAACAGUAAUGUUUUUUUAUUAACCACAAAGCCUGACAAAACGUUUGAGGAUGGUAUAGGACAAUACAGUGUGAUAUUACAUUAAAAUGUGUAAUCAAGAGAAACAUGAAAAAAAGAACUAUUGUAUUGCAUAUCACUUCCUAGUUGUUUUUUUAACUAUUUCAUUUCACUAACAUCACUAAUCCUCUUAAAAAAGACUGAAAAAAUUGCUAGUCAUCCUAAAGUUCUCUCUGUUAUUUUCUGUAUUAGUAGAACUUAUACAAAUUUAAUUGUUAUUCACCACUAAAGGUAACAGUGAACAAUUUAAUUUAAGCAGCAGUUUUUUUUCAUAAGAAUAUCUUUUAUGAUAUAUUUGGACACUUUCAUGUAAUAAAACAUUCUUGGAUA